GUAAUUAAUACGCUUGAGUAGGUUAAUUAGUAUGUCGUCGAUUAAAUUGGGUCAAUUGGUUGAUGGGUUGGUGUCUAGUGCUCCACCUGGUGAACUAAAGGAAGUUCAACAAAAUUUGUCUAGUCUCAUUAGCUCCGCAGGAGUAAUUAAUGAAUCGUUAGAAACUUAUAUUCAAGAUAGAGGAGUUAUAUUUUCAGGUAAAUAUAUAGCAUCGAAAUAUAAUAAAGAUGAGACAUCUACUAAGUACAUUGAUUACAUAUCCAAGAAGAAGUUCAAUGUUCAGAUAACUUCUCAGAGUGUUAGUGAUUUAGAAUCGUUUGACCCCCAAGUUGAAUAUCCUAGCUAUUAUGAUGCAUUAGUCCAAACUUUAGAGCAAUACGGUCAAGAUCACUAUCCUUCGAGAUUUGCCUUUACCGUGAUACCACUCGAUAGUAAUUCAGUUCAGAUUAUUCUUAUCGGUCAAAGAUUAAAUAAUGAAAAUUAUUAUACUGGACAAUGGAAAUCAAUCUAUAAAGUAGAAGGUGCACAAUUGAGUGGAGAUGUUAAGCUUGAUAUCCAUUAUUAUGAAGAAGGCAAUGUCCGUUUAAAUUUUGAUGAGAAAGUAGAUGUAGCUUUAAAAGGGACUAGUGUUUCAGAAAUCAUCAAUGCCAUCAAUAAUUCCGAAAAUGCCAUCACAUUAAAGAUUGUUGACGACUUUAAUGAACUCAAUCAGAGGUACUUUAAGAACUUGAGAAGAUUAUUACCCAUCACCAGAUCCAAGAUCAAUUGGGGGAAUGCCAUUGGUAAUUACAGAUUGGGUUCUGAUGUUGUCAACAAACAGUAGAACUGAUAUAUAAUUAAAUAUUAAAUACUAUACUUUAUACAACAAAAUCCGAUAUAAUAUACAAUAAACGAUUCAUUAA